GCAGUCUACAAUGUUUUGUGUCAUUACAAUACAGCAGAAAAGUAGCUUGAUAUUAAACAAAAUGCAGGCAACAAAAGAGGGACCUUAACAAAAUUCCCCUGUUAGAUAACAUUAAACUCAUGAGUAGCAGCACUUCACUCUUGAGAAGACAUGCUUUGCCCUUGUGUUGAAUAUCCUAGCAACAGAGAUCUGUUUACUUACACAAUCAGCACAACACAAAAAGCAACAAACAACCUGCAGGUAUGGCCUGGGAGAAAGUUAAGUUUAUCUCUAUGCAGAAAAUUUAAUUUCAUGAGGUCAUUUAUAUUCAGAGCAAAUAUUCCAAAUAAGGAUGUUACUCUCCUCACUCCCACUGCAUUUGAUAGAGAGAACAUUUUUAUUUCCUACACACUGCUGUCAGAUAUUAAGCUAAUUUUCAGUCUGUUUCACUGUCACACCUGAAAAUAACACCAUGUUUUCUGCCUUUAUUUGUGAUUACGGCAGUACCCACAUGCCUGCAGGAUCUUUUCUAUCCAUCACUGUUGUCAAAGAAGGUUUCCAUUACAGCAGUCACAGAUGGCUGAGCAGAAGAAGAUUGUCAUGCCGACUGUUGGAGCAACUGGCGGAAGACAACUGAGCAGCAAUGAAAUCUACAAUGAGUCUUAUAGGGAGUCUAAUGGUGGAAGUACAGACAGGAUGACUGGACAUGCCAGUGGGACAGAUUUGACAUCAAACCAAAGACCAGCUGCAUACAAGCCCAGUUUGAACCUCACUGACAGCCCUCAGUUUGGGUGUGUUGUUUAUGUUUCCAUGCUCUCAUUAUCCAACAGUUUCUUGUCUCAAACUGAACAAGACAAUCAGCUUCACGCUCACUCGGGAUUUUUGCCAAACCUUAUUAAAACCCACAAACUUCCAUCCGCUCUGGAGUCAUUCAACAACAGCACCUGUGGAGAAAAGGUUCUUCCAGACCAGGUGAUGGGUUCAAAACCAAAGACAGGUUUCACUGAGGGGACAGACCUGCAGUUAUACACCUUCAAGGAGAAAACCAGCAACACAGUGGAACCUCAUCAGAUUUACAGCUCCAUGAUGAAGACUGAUUUCAUUCCUCUACCUCUUCAGCAGAGUACGGAGGUGAUACCUGGCCUGUGCAGCCGAUCAUGUCGAGAAUCAGGAUACACACGAGGAGUCGUCGCUCCUUUUGCUUGGCCAAGCUCUCUCCUGCCAUCACCCCAGACUAAAAGCAGUGCACCAACUGUGAAGACCACUGGAAAAAGGGAACCCACUGGAUUUCUUCAAAAUGUUCCAAGAAAUCAAGUUUUCCCUAAAACACCUUUUGAGUUGUCACACUUUAUUACACAUUAUCAAAUCACGUAA